CUGAUUCCAAGGCCAGAGCUUUACCCGUUACACCAUCUAGCUGCCCCCACCCCUUCAGUUUGUAAAAGGCCCAGGGGGUCUAGUCCCUCUGGUGUCCGAGUUUCCAGCAUUUCCUCUCCCCACCAAACUGUCAAAGGGACAUUGAGGUUGAAGACCAGACUCCUUUCUACCUCCCCAGCUUAGUGAGUCCCACAUGACCUCACCUGCCUCCUCUUGCUCCCAGGCCCUAGCCCUGACCCUGCCCAGAACCCCAGAGUCAAGGGUCAGACUGGGGAUUUUGCUCUCAGGAAAAAUACCUGCUGAAAGAAAUGUGGCUAUUGCAUCAGGAGGCCAGGAAGGUCUCCCAUGACUGGUCUGUGUGCUGCCUUUGUCUGGGCAUGGCCAGCAGGGGCCUAGGCUUGAGGCUCUGGAUCUUGCGUCAGGCAGACAGGCCUAGCUCUUCCUCUACAUCUGGGUUCCUAUCUUCUCAGGGACCCAGGCAUUCAGGCCUCCACCUUCCCGAGAACCAGGUAUGCAGGCCCCUACCAUUUCAUGGACACAAGUGAACAGGCUCAUAAUUUCUCAGGAACGCAGAGGUCCAGGCCCCUCCUUCCUAGAGAUGGAUGUGUCCAGGCCCCCCCUUUUCUUGGGGAACCCCAGUAUCCAGACCCCCAUCUUUUCAAGGACCUUUGAAUGUAAGCCUCUGCUUUCUCAGGUUCAGGCAUGUGGGCCCCCACAUUAUUCCAGCCCCAGGCAUUUUGCCCUUGAUUUCUUGGGUCUCCCCAAACUUCUAGUGGACCUUGGUGUCUGGGCCCCUCUUCAGACACCUUGUGAUUCUGGCCCCACUUUCUCAGGGAUUGUGACUUUCUGAGGGACUCCAGAAUCGAAAGCAUCUAAGGCCCCAUUCUUAGGACCCCCAGUCUCCAAGGGACACAGGUGUUUGUAUCCCAACAAUCCUCUCAGGUCACCAGGCAUCCAGGCUCACAGAACCAUUCCCACUCUGCCCCCCCCCACUCCAGGUUGCAUCAUCCAUGUGGGGCGGUGACUUCGCCACGGUGGAAGGGCUGCUGGCAGCCAAGUGGGUCAUGUUUCAUGAUGAUAGCAGCUGACCAGAGGUGGGCGGAGGGGCCUGGAGAUAGGUAUAAGCCCCCGUAGAGCACCCGAGCAGCCACGGGAAAUCCAGAGAGAGGAAGAGCAGGAACCAGAUACAGCCUCGACUCAGGAGAGCCAGGGAAAUUAGACCUUCUGGAAGCCUGCCUCCCAGACUCACAUCCACUCUACCCUUCCUGUGGCACACAGACUGCUAUUUCCCCAGAAGCCUCUGGGGAACCAAGACUGCCAGGCAGCUGAACAUCUGGGCCCACAGAGGGCCUGUCCAUCCCCAGGCCCAAGGCGUUCCUUUCUGUCAGCCUCUUGACUGCUUGAAGGAUGGGCCCAAGGAAGAGAGCCAGGGGCUGCCUAGCCCCUCUGCUAUCCUUGCUCCUGGCCUAUAGGGGCUGGGGCUACCCCAUCCCCGACUCCAGCCCCAUGCUCCUGUUUGGGGGCCAGGUUCGCCUCCGCCACCUGUACACAGAUGACGGCCAGGACACCGAGGCCCAUGUGGAGAUGGGGCCCGACGGCGCAGUUCGAGCAGCAGCCGAGAGGAGCCCCAAGAGUCUUCUAGAGCUGAAGGCGGUGAAGCCUGGCGUCAUCCGGAUCCUCGCUGUCCAGAGCUCUAGGUUUCUGUGUAUGAGGCCCAAUGGCGAGCUGUAUGGAGCGGUACAAUAUGACCCUUCUGCCUGCAACUUUCGGGAACAUCUGCUGGGGGAUGGCUAUAAUGUGUAUGAAUCGGAGGCUCAUGGGCGGACCCUCCGUCUGUCCCCCCAGGCCUCUCUGGGCCAGCCUGGUCCUUCUCGCUUCCUGCCACUUCCUGGUGCCCAGCUGCCAGGCCCUGAGCCCCCCUGGGAACAGGGCCCCGAGCCCCCGGACGUGGGCUCAGCAGACCCACUAAACAUGGUGGGGGGUGUGCAGGGCCGCAGCCCCAGCUACUCCUCAUGAGCCCGGUCAGCCCCCACCCCACCUGGCCCAGGCAGGCCCUGGCUACUAUUUAUUCUGAGGGCUGGGUACCUCAAGUCUUAUUUAUGCCUUUUCUAGCUCAUCUUCUGAGCAAUAAAGCAGCAUAACACGAGCUCAUGGUGUGCAGGCAUCUUUUGGGGUGGGUGGUGGGAGCAAGCAGGGUCCCUAAGGGGAGCAAGGGGGAGGCAAGAUUUCGAAUGGCCCCAAGCUCCACCACCCUGAGGCCUUGGGGGGAAAGUGCAGCUUCUGAGGCUCCCCCAGCCUUCAGUCA